GUAAAAUUAAAUAUUGUUCUUAUUUUUACAUAAAAAUAUGUUUUAAAAUUUAUAAAUCUAAAAAUUAUAUAAAUUAACAACUUUACAAAUUAAAAAAAUAUUAAAUUUUUUAACAUUAUUAGUUUAUGGAGUUUUUACUGUACUCUAACAACUAUGUUUGUCAAAAUGUACCUACCUAAAUCUGAGUCUGAGAAUCACUUGAGUCGAUUACCAUUUAGGACAUUUUUUUAUCUUUUUUAACACUUUAAGACACAAUCCGCUGGAGGGACACUUUCCUUGAAUCUGAGAGCUGUUUUGGACAGAAAUGCCCUUGCUCAGAAGAAACGGAAGAUGCGCUUAUGUUUGGAUCUAAUCGAGCUUUCACCCAUGGUGAUACCAAGCUCAAACCACUGCAGCUUCACCUAUAUAAUGGAUGAGACUUCGGAAAUGAGUUGAGCAAGGCGAGGAGUCAACUUGAGCAGCAGAUCUCGUGGUGGCGGAGGAUUUCGACGAGCUCGAACCCCCAUGGCUUCACUGAGCCACCGAGCUCACCGAUGCGAUGUUGAGCUCGAAAUCCAUGUUGAGGCGUUUUCUCUUUCUUUUUUUUAUCCGUGGAUUCUGUCAUGAUUCGUAAUAAAAAGAUAGAAAAACAGACAAAAAAUAGAGAUAGACAAAGGAAUAAGAAAAAGUUGAGAAGAAGGAGACAAGGCAAGAGGAUUAAGAAUUAAUUGUUUCUUCGAUUUGAUGAAGGAGAGUGUAUCGUGAUUAUUGGAUUUGAGUAUGCGUUAUGAAAAUAAAUAAAAAGAAAAAUAGAGUUUAAUAAAAGUGAAUCUGAACUUGAAUUUUGAAAUUCUAAAAUAAAUAAAUUUUUGAAUGAUUUAAUAAAAAGACUUUUGGAUUUAGUUAUAUUUCUAGUUAUUGUUAGAUAAGGUUGAGGGCAUCUAAGACAUUGCACAUAGAAAUUGUGUGCCUCAAGCAACAAGUGUCUAAAUAUGCAAUUCCAAAGACAUAAUGUGUCCUAGAAUGUAAAAAAAUCGAAUCACUUUGCAACUGAUAUUUAGUUUUUUUUUUCAUGGGCCCAGCCCAAAACUUAUUUGGUCUUACAGUCCAUUUUUGUCUAAAUUUUAAUAGGGCACAAUCAUUUAAUUAUAAUAUAAAAUUUUAAAUAUAUAACUUACAUUUUUAUUAUUGUUUUCUUAUUUUUUUAUAAAUUUAUACUUUUAUUACUUGUAUAUGUUUUAAAUAUUUUUUUGUAGUAUAAUACUUAAUUUUCCCAACCGAAAACUUAUUUGCAGAAGUUUGUACCCAUUCUUAACACCAUAAACUCAUAAGAUUGUACAUAUAUUUUUUUUGCAAUAAUCAAUAAAUUUAAAAUUUCAUAAAAAAAACUUAUUUUUAGUUUAUUUUCUAACAAAUCAAUUUUUAUUUCUGUCCAAUUUUAGUUAUAUAUCAAAUAUAUAUAAAACAAUAUGCUAAGUAAAAACAACUUGUAUGAUAAAUAUUAUAUAAUAGAAUAACUAACUAGAUUAUCUCUUUUUUAAGAAAAUAAUUAACUAGAUUAUCUUGUUUUUAUUUAUUUUAUUUCUUAGUUUUAAGGAUGGGUUUGAUUUAUAUUUUUAAGCAUCACCAUUCACCACCAGCCGCAAUGGAAGAUUCACAAGUACCGUCUCUCUCACGUAACCUAGACUACGCCGUAAACCACACGAAAAACAUCCCUCUCGAUCUCGUUUUAGAUAUCCUCUCGAGACUUCCAGCGAAACCCCUAAUCAGAUUCCAAGCAGUGUCGAAGCUAUGGUUCUCCAUCAUCCGCAGCAAAGAUUUCGUCGGUACGUUCCUAACAAGGUCAAAAACUCGUCCUCGUCUCCUUUUAACGUUCAAGCACUUCGAUUCACGUAAGCGUUUCAUCUUCUCGGCUCCUGAACACGAAGAUGACAAAACAUCCUCCACAGUCAUGGCCAGACACGACAUGACGAUCUCGGAUCUCGUAUACUACAUUGAAUCUCCUCCUGUAAACGGUCUUGUUUGUUGCACACAUGGUUCAUCGAUCGCCGUUUGUAACCCCACCACUAGACAAAUUGUAACGUUACCAGAUGUUAUUACACCUAACGGAAGAGACGUGUACGCACGUCUAGGGUACGAUCCUGUGGGAGACCAAUACAAAGUCUUGUGUGUGAUGAUGUUUGACGGUUUCGACAGCGGUACAUCGGACAAUAUACAACAAGAGCAUUUCGUUUUCACGCUGGGAACUCCACAAAAGAAGUGGAAAAAGAUUGAGACAGUCACUAAAGAUCCUUACCGCUGCAUGAAAGGAGAGGUUUGUAUCGAUGGUGCUGUAUACUAUGGAGUAGGUUAUUCAAGGAUAGCUAGAUUUGAUGUUAGGUCCGAGAAGAUUGAGUUUAUUCAAGUACCUGAAGAUUAUAACGCAGUCUCAUCUUAUUCAAGACUUAUAAUUUACCAAGGAAAAUUAGCAUGUUUAAGCUAUGACUUCUACUUGACAUCUGAGAUGUAUAUGUGGAUUCUGCAAGAUGCUGAGAAACAAGAAUGGUCGAGCGUUGUGACUUGUGAUGUGCAUAGUGAGUGGAAAGAUCUGUUGACUGAGGAGAGAGUUUUGUGCACUGGUGAAAUUCAUACCAACGAAGCUAUACUGGUUUCAAGAUCUUUAAGGUCAUCUGAGCUCUUUUGUGUUUACUAUUGCGAUAUGAUUAGUAAGCGUGUUAGAAGAGCUGAGGUUGAUGGAAUCGCGGAUGAUGAGUUUAGAGGUGUCCAUGGAAUUGGUAAGUAUGGUCGUGAUGAGAUGUGGUGUUUCCCUGGUCACGUUGAGAAUAUUAUAUUCUUCUAACAUUAUCACUCUUGGUAGUUUCAUUAAAGCUUCGCCUUCUAUUCUUAUGCGUUGGCUUUAAUUCGAUUCUCUAAAAUAUGUUUGUUGCUUUGUUUAUAUAAUGCUUUCAGAGACCUUACCUUGUUCGAUUUAGCUUUUGAGUUUGUCUAUAAUAAAUUAGCAGCAGACAAUGCUUCUUUAUCUUUUUACCAGCAAAAUUUAUUUAUCCUUUCUAUCCUGCAAACAAAACAGAAAACAAGAAAAUAUUGUACUUGAUUAUAACAGUAUUAAAGAUACAGUAGGAGAGAAGUUUCAUAAAUAAUACAUGAUGCACUAUAAUCAAAUCAGUGCCGAGCACAGAAGAUAAGAUCAGCUAGGACCUAUUUUUGAUCAUUUGUUCUUUUACUUCUUUCUCAUACGUCCCCGUCAUUAAUUGUAAAACAAAACAUAAGAUACUAUGUUGUACUCUAGUAAUUUUUUCCAUCUUGGAUUAACUUAUCCUCAAUAUUGCUUAUGCAGUAGUUAUGCUUGAAUACAUCCUCCAUCCAUCUAAUUAACUCGUAGCUCCUCUAAACUAGAUAUGUAUCUUAAUCCAUGAGGAAGAAUCUUCAACUUCCUGGAGUCAUUGAUCUCCAAAUGACAAAGACACGUCACACGGCACAGAAUCCUCUUCUACGUACGAUCACCUCAGAGUUAUCUUAGUAUUGUGAGCGCUAAAGUAUGCAAUUUAGGUAACCCGACUCUGAAGCAUACGAUUUUCUCCCGGUGGAGGAAUUACUAUAAUUUCUACUAUUAAAUAAAAUAUUCAACGAUUAGAUUUCAAAUAAAGCUAAAAUAUAAACCCAUGCAGCACAUGUUGUUCAUAAACAAAACAAAAUACAUGGUGUUUUUAGGAAAUAAAAAGAAAACUAAAAAUUAAGUUUAUAAUUAUCUUUAUUUUUGUGCAUUUCCUUUUUCAAUAUGUAUAUAUAUGUUCUUUAAUCUAAUAUACGAUUCUUUUAUUUUUAUUUUAUCUAGCUAGAGUUGUGGAACUCAUCACCAAGCCUGCCAUGAAAGAUUCACAACCGUCUCUCUCACGGCGACGACGUGACCUAUAUCAUGUCGGAAACUGCACAACAACAACCAUUCCUUUAGAUCUCAUCAUCGAGAUACUCUCUCUACUUCCUGCGAAGUCGCUCUUACAAUUCCAAUCCGUGUCGAAGCUAUGGUUCUCUACCAUCCGCAGCAAAACUUUUGUCGACUCGUUCUUGACUAGGUCAAAGAAUCGUCCUCGUCUCCUUUUCACGUUCUAUCUAAAAAAUUCCUGGGAGAAAUUCCUCUUCUCGGCUCCUGAAUACGACGAUGAUAAAUCCUCCAGUGUCUUGGCAAGAUACGACAUGACAAUCUCGGAUCUCGACGAGAUCUGUGGUUCUGUCAACGGUUUCGUCUGCUUUAGAAGUGUUGUUUCUUCGAAACCCGUUUGUAAUAAUAAGAUCACCGUCUAUAAUCCCACCACUAGACAUAUUAUGAAGUUGCCUGACGUUACAUCCGGCAGAAGAUACGUGGACGCACUUAUUGCGUAUGAUACAGUCGAGGAUCAGUACAAGGUGUUAUGUGUGAAGAUGUUUGACCGUAAAACACAACAACAACAGGAGCAUUUCGUUUGCACUGUGAGUUCAUCUCAGAAACAAGAGUGGAGAAAGAUCGAGAACACGACUGGAGGUAGUUACAAAUGUGUCCUCUUGGGACAUAUAUUCAUUGAUGGUGCUCUAUACUACAGAAUUGAUCAGUCAAGAAUAGUUAGAUUCGAUGUUAGAGCAGAGAAGAUUGAGAUUAUUAAAACACCCAAAGAGUCGCAUGUCUCGGUAGCAUACGAUUCAGCUCUUAUAGAUUAUAAUGGUAAAUUAUAUUGGGACGUUUAGUAGGUUCUUGCGCAAACAAUUUGGUGACAUUGUGGGUUCUUGAGGAUGUUGAGAAACAAGAAUGGUCGAGCAUGACGCAUGCCGUACCUUAUCAGUGUGGAUCUAUACAUAGGCAGGGCCGGCUCAGAUGUAUUGUGGACCCUAGGGCGAGAUUUAAAAUAUGCCCUUUAGUUAUUCAUUGGUCCAAAUUAAAUCACUCAAUUUUCAUUAUUUAUUUUUAUAUGUGUAUAAAACCCAAAUCCACAAGAAAAUUAUAAAAAUGAUGUACUAUCGUCUACCGCAAUGGUCCAUAAAGCCCAAUAUGUUGAACAUAAAUUUGAUGUUUUUCCUUUGA